AGUGACUGCACAUGUUUGUAUUAUACGUGAUCUCCGUGAAACAAGGAAAAACAAGGAAAUUUAUACUUAGGCGCAUUUCGCGAGUGGCUAUAUUUUAAUACGUGUCCGUUAUUGUCUAUACUGUUCUUCGUUACGUGCUCGCAUGUAAAUCGGAGCCUUCGAUCAAGGUACCGUCCCCUUCGAUCGCAUAACUGGAAGUGAACAAUGUCCAUUCACAAAACGCUAAGUAGAUCAUCAAAAACCGCAACAUUCAUCUCGGCGGAAACACCCCACUCGAGACAAAACAUAAAAUUUCGACCACCGAGUGACAGAUUUUUAAUGGACAUUCAAUCGUAAGGUUGUCGUGAGAAAUCAACUAUCAACGCAUCGCGAUUUAAUCAAACCACUGCAUGUUUGUUGAUUUAAGUUUGGAAAAUCCGUAGAUUCUGUUUACGAUAUAAAUGUAAUCAUUUAAGCCUUAAGCAAUUUGUUUAUGUACAUUGUAAUUAAGGAGGUUUUAAGACCUCCACAGGCUUGUUAUAAAAAGACAAGUUAGUACAUUUUGUUGUUAAUUGGUAGGGCUGUGAGUUUUGAAUUGUUAACAUGUGUGAAACCAGGAGGUCUGAAAGUUGUGAUAGUGAGAAGAAAUAUGACUUGGUGCCACCGGAAGGCGGUUGGGGCUAUGCAAUUUGUAUUGGGCUUUCUGUUAUAUUUAUAGCUGGUACAGCUCAUCAGCCAGUGUUCGGGUUUAUAUACAAUGAUUUUUUAAACGACUUAGGCGUCGGAACUGGUGCUGUCACUGUAGUAUAUGGAGUGUUUCAAGUAACACUCGCUAUAGCUGGUUUUUCAGCUAAUAUAGCGCUUAAAAAAUUAUCUUUAAGACAAGUCGGACUGAUUGGAGCAUUUAUAUACACGUUAGCAUCGUUUCUAGCAAUAUUUGUGGUUUCCACAACGCAAUUAAUUAUAACAAAUGGAUUCCUUCAAGGUCUUGGGAUGGGCCUGCUUAUUCCGGUAGCAUAUACGAGCUUUAACAGUUACUUUACAAGGAAAAAAGUGCUUUAUUUAAGUCUCUGUAAGGCCUCAAUUGGAUUUAUAACAAUGUUGUAUCCACUAUUUAUGAAAAUGACUAUAACGGAGUAUGGUUUUCGAGGCACGUUAGCCAUAUUAUGCGCGAUAUCGGCGCACAGUAUUGUAGGAGCUUUAGUGAUGCAUCCGGUACAAUGGCAUAUGGUUAAACAAACUAAGUCUUGUGAACAAAUUGUUUUGAUUCCACCGACGCCUGCCAUCGGAAACGACAAAGGCUUUGACUUCACAAAAAAUGUUAAUGAGAGCGAAGAUACCAGAUCUGUUGGGAAUUUGUAUAUAAAACGAGACAUGGAAGACCCUCACAAAGGAUCGGGUCUCCUUUUUAUCCCAAAAUUAACCAACUCAAGGAGAUUAAGCAUUCCAGUUGUUUUGAUACCUGCAGAUGGCAAGACUGAUUCCAAAUUUAAAUCUAGUGACAAUGUAUAUUUAGAGAACUUAUAUAAAGCUGCGUCGGUAUCGAGUCUAGGCAAUUUUGGUAAUCUAGUGGAGCCUAUGCCUAUUAUUAAAAACAAGGAGGGAAAAUGGCAGACGGUUGCUGAGUUUCUAGACCUGACACUUCUCAAAGAUCUAAUAUUUGAUAAUAUCGUCUUUGGAAUGGCGCUCGCAUUUUUUGCAGACUUAACAUUCUUUACAUUAGAACCACUUUUUUUGGAUAAAAACAGUCUGUCUAAGACAGAAAUAGCGAAUAUUAUUGCAGUAGGAGGUGCUACUGAUAUGCUGGCCAGGUUGCUCCUCGGGGUAUCAGGACAAUUCUUUAGAAUGAAUAGUCGAUAUAUGUUCUAUUCUGGUGCCUUAUUCUCAGCUUUAUUUAGGCUAGUUCUAGUCAACUAUACAACAUACACCCCGCUGUUAAUAUUAACUGGAAUAUUGGGUGCACUACGGUCACUGGUCCACAUAGCUCAACCAAUAGUUAUGGCAGAGCACGUCCCCAUCGAACGGUAUCCUCCUGCAUAUGGACUAUACAUGUUACUGGCUGGUGGUAUCAGUUUGAGCGUCGGACCAAUGAUUGGUUUUAUCCGAGAUUAUACCGGGAGCUAUCGAGUUGCCUUCAUUAUGUUAGCGAUAUGCAACUUCUGUUGUGUCGUGCCAUGGACCAUUGAAGGUGUAAUACGGUUUUUGAAGAGAAGAAAGACAUUACAAGCGACUAAUCGGUAGUAAGUUUGAACUAUAAAAGUUUUUGUUGUUCCUAAGUUUUUUGUUACGUAUGUAAUGUAACUAAUGUUAACAUUAGUAGUACAAUUAUUAAGUGCAAUUAUGAGUAACUGUAAUUUGUAGACGGAAAAAGUACUAUUGUUAUUUGUCCUAUACACUUGUAAGAUCGUAUUUGAUUUGUAGUACAUCUUGUACUUGUAAUCUUCUUCAUAUGCUGAGAUACUACACUGUCUCAAUACUGAAUAUCCUAGCUAAUUGAUUUUAAAUGACAAAUACUUGUAUUAAUGUUACAUCAGUUACUACCGAACUAUAUAUAGAAUCGUUAUAGAAUGCAUACGCCUGAUAAAUAUAAUGUUUUACAAAGUAUGAAACAGUAAAAUUGCUCUUUAUUUCGAAUAUAAAAUCACUUGUUAGUACUUAAUAAUAUAAUUUAAAGGUAAUCUAAAUUAGUACUAUAUUUUAACAAAAGAUAUUUAACACUCUAAAUAAAAUAUUAGGAUAAUUUAUAAAUGUAA